AUGGAAAGGGAAAGUGGUUAUCAUGGAACUGAGGGUGAAGCCACUUAUGUUCCUAUUGAGGCUGAAGUGGAACAACCUAUUCAAGGUGGUAUGAGAAGAGAACAUGAGAACUUAACUGAAAGGCUGGAAAGACAACAGAAAGGGAAGAAAGGCUCAGAUUAUGAGAGGUUUAUCAGGUUAACACCCCCAGAAUUUUUAAGUACUACCAAACCAGAAGAAGCAGAGGGGUGGGUAAGAAGAAUGGAAUCGAUAUUUGCAGUGAUGAGUGCAGCAGAAGACCAGAAGGUAAACUUAGCUACAUUUAUGUUAAAAAAUGAAGCUAGUUAUUGGUGGGACACGACAAAACAUUUAUUGCUCAUUCCAAGAGAGAAAGAGGUGAUAUUAUGGAAUCCAUUUGUUAAAACUUUUUAUGAGAUAUAUUUUCCUCCAAUUUACAGAAAAGAGAAGGAACGGGAGUUUAUUCUCCGAAAACAAGAUAGAAUGUCUGUAGUUGAUUAUGAAGUUAAGUUUACAGCUUUAUCUCGGUUUGCACCUAAGUUUGUACAGAAUGAAGAAGAUAAAUGUACAAAAUUUCAAGAUGGUUUAGAGGUGGCUAUUAAGUCCAGAGUUUCAGUGUUUGAGGAAACAGAUUACAACAGACUUGUGAAUAAAGCCAUGAUUGCCGAAAGGGAUGUGAAAGAAUUGCAAGAAAGAAGGGAACAAUACAAAAGAAAUAGAUCUGAGCCGUCACAGUCAAGAGGAAGUGAAGGAAUUUCAAGUCAGAAAAGUUAA